AAUUUUACCGCCACGACGCCCCGUCCCGUCCACUUGUUGCUCCGCAGCUGGAAACGCCGCCCGCACACGGCACCGGAAGCUCGGCAACGACCGCGGAUUCUCCGCCGCCGCCGCCGCCGCCGCCGCCGCCGCGUCUUCUCUCCGGCCGAUCGCACUCCUCGGCCGGCCUCCGAUGGAAGCGAGCUCGGUCGCGCUCUGCGAGGUCCACCGUUUCGCGCCAAAGCACGGCCCGCGGGCGUUGACCAGCCCUAGUUUCGGCCGGAGCCGAUGCCGGUCGCCGGGACGGGGCUCGCUCAAGCUCGGACCGCGGAGGGGCUCCGGGGCCGUCGUCCUCGCGUCUGCUUCCGCCGGCGAUGCUUACGGUUCGUCAACGAUUGAUCGGAGGGAGGCGGAUAGCGGCGACAAGAAGGCGGCUUCGUCCGCGCCUUCGUCUCCCUCCGCGAGUCCCGUUUACGUGCCCACGCCGCCGAAUCGGGAGUCGCGAACUCCUCACAGCGGGUACCAUUUUGACAGAAGUAGUCGGAAAUUUUUUGAAGGAUGGUACUUUAAAGUGUCUAUUCCUGAGAGUAGACAGAGCUUCUGCUUCAUGUACUCUGUGGAAAAUCCUGCAUUUCCCAAGAAGCUGAGUGCUUUGGAAGUGGCACAGUAUGGGCCUCGAUAUACUGGUGUUGGUGCACAAAUUCUUGGUGCUGAUGACAAGUAUAUUUGCCAAUUCUCUGAGGAAUCUGCCAACUUUUGGGGAAGUAGGCAUGAGCUUGUUUUGGGGAAUACUUUUAUGGCUGAAAAAGAUGCAAAGCCUCCGAACAAGGAGGUUCCUCCUCAGGAAUUUAAUAAAAGGGUAGCGGAAGGUUUUCAAGUCAGCCCACUUUGGCAUCAAGGUUUCAUACGAGAUGAUGGCAGGUCAGACUAUGUGGAAACUGUGAAAACUGCACGUUGGGAGUAUAGUACCCGCCCUGUCUAUGGAUGGGGCAAUGUUGGAUCACAACAGAAGUCAACUGCAGGUUGGUUAGCAGCUUUUCCCGUAUUCGAACCCCAUUGGCAAAUUUGCAUGGCAGGCGGGCUGUCAACUGGUUGGAUAGAAUGGGAAGGAGAAAGAUUUGAGUUCCAAGACGCGCCCUCUUAUUCAGAAAAGAAUUGGGGUGGGGCCUUCCCAAGGAAGUGGUUUUGGGUUCAAUGUAACGUCUUUGAAGGUGCAAAAGGAGAAGUUGCUCUGACGGCUGCUGGUGGUUUGAGACAGCUACCCGGACUAACCGAGACAUUUGAAAAUGCUGCACUGAUUGGAGUUCACUAUGAUGGGAUUUUCUAUGAAUUUGUGCCUUGGAAUGGUGUUGUCAGCUGGGAAGUUGCUCCAUGGGGCUCCUGGUACAUGGAAGCAGAUAAUGAGACUCACAAGGUUGUAGUGGAGGCAACAAUCAAGGAUCGUGGCACGACAUUGCGUGCUCCGACGGUAGAGGCUGGCCUUGCUCCAGCUUGCAAUGAUACUUGUUUUGGUGAUCUAAAACUGCAGAUAUGGGAACGGAGAUACGAUGGAAGUAAGGGGAAGUUGAUCUUGGACGUGACGAGCAAUAUGGCGGCGGUGGAAAUUGGAGGAGGGCCGUGGUUCAGCACUUGGAAAGGCAAGACCUCCACGCCGGAGCUUCUGAGUCGUGCUUUACGCGUCCCCGUUGAUGUCGAUGGGUUUUUCGGUUUGGCUCCAUUCCUCAAACCCCCUGGUCUAUAGUUGAUGGCUUCUCUUCACUCUGUGGAGCAAACUGAUCAAUGAAUGCCAUUGAGGUUCGCAGGAAGAGCUGUCACAAACUUUUCGCUUUUAAGGAGAGCAUUUUCUACAAUUUGGAAGGACAGGUUGAGAUUAAAGACAAUCUAUAAACAAUACUUCUCUAGACUUUCCUGUCAUUGUUGUUAUGGAGCACCAUCUGAAAUAAAACACAUAGACAACUUCUUUCUCGGGUCUU